UCAGGCCUAUGCAGUGGAGCUGUAAUCACUGUUGACUGCAUGCAGUUUCUGCAGGUGUCAGUAUGGCUGUAGCCGGUAGGAGGGACUUGAUGCUCCAACUUCUCAUUCUGAGUCUCUCUGCUCUCCAACCAGUCGUCCUGGUCCUGAUAGGAGAGAGACGACGACGACAUCAGCAGCAGCAGCAGCAGUAGCAGCAGCGGCAUUCAGGGGAACACCAUGCAUCUUAGGCUGACAAGACGAGAGGAAGCUCACAUGAUUUCGCUUUCUUAUAUUUGAUCAUUUUGAUUUUUUUUGUUGCGUCUUUUUUUUUCCCUUUCAUUCCUCCCCCUCCUCCUCCUUUUCACCCAAUCUCUGACGCGCAAGGACACUACAGCAUCCAUCCACGGCAGACACGCUCACAUAGAGCAUCCUCUGUGCAGACGCACCAACCGUCUUCUCCUUCUUUCCUUCCUCCCACUCUCCUCCUCUCCUUUUCUCUCGUUCUGUUGAACCCCAUAGGACAUCGGGACCUCUUCUAUCCCCCCACUUCGCCCGGAGACAUGGAUCUAUGGUUUCAUUCGAUCCGGAUUUGCUGGUGGAGGGUUUUGUUUCUGAUGAGUAUUUUCCAGGACUAUCUGAGCUCCAUGCUGGACUGCCCGCCGACCUGCAGCUGCUCUCAAACAGAGAUCUAUUGCAAUAAGUCCGACAACGGCGGGUUUUUCCCGUUACUCGCCAUGCAAGACACUGGGAGCAAUGGGACCAACGUUGACAUAGCGGAGUUUUCCAAAAACAUCACCUCUAUACACAUAGAGAACUGGACAGGAUUGCAGACUCUGAGAGACGUCGAUAUGGCGCUCUACACUGGACUACAGAGACUAACCAUCAUGAAUUGCAACCUGAGGACGAUCCAGCCCCGAGCCUUUGCUCAGAACCAACACCUACGUUACAUAAACUUGUCAAAGAAUCCUCUCACCACUCUGUCAUGGCAGCUCUUCAAGCACCUCCAACUCUCCGAGCUACGCCUGGACGGCGUGGUGUUCGAAUGCGGCUGCGACAUCCGCUGGAUCCAGCUGUGGCAGCAGAGAGGAGAGGCCGGGCUGCACACGCAGCAGCUGUACUGCAGGAACGGGGCCUCCAAGUUACGACUGCACAACAUGUACAUCAACAACUGCGACUUGCCAGAGAUCAGUGUGAGCCACAGCAGUGUGUUGGUGAUGGAGGGUGACAAUGUGACGGUCAGCUGCAACGGAUCCGGAUCACCGCUGCCCGAAGUGGACUGGACUGUCAGCGGCCUGCAUUCCAUCAACACGCAUCUGUCUAACGUGUACAGGCCCAACAUCCACUCCAUCAACCUGACUCUUUUCAACAUGAGCCGAGACGACAACAACUUCCAGCUGACCUGCAUUGCAGAGAACGUGGUGGGGAUGGCCAACUCCUCUAUCCAGCUCAAUGUGCAGUUUCCUCCAGUCAUCCUGAGACUAGCUGAGCCGGAGCAACGCCUUGAUACCUGCAUCGAAUUCACGGUUCGAGGUUACCCACACCCUAAACUGCGCUGGUUCUUUAGACAGAAGGAGAUUCUUCAGAAUGAGUACAUCCGAACUGACAUGGACUUCUACCAGGACUAUCUAGAGGGCUGUCUGACCUUCCAGAACCCAACACACAUUAACAACGGGAACUACACCUUAGAGGCCAGCAACCCUCUGGGUACAGUCACCAAGACAGUGUAUGGUCACUUCCUUGUGGCCCCUGAUGAUAAUGACACAGUGGAACUAGUCCGGCCCACAGAUGGUGAUUCGGGCCGACCAGACGAAGAUACAUUCGGGGUUUCCAUCGCCGUGGGUCUGGCGGGCUUCGCCUGCGUCCUCCUGCUCGUCCUUUUUGUUCUCAUCAACAAAUAUGGCCGGCGCUCCAAAUUUGGUAUGAAAGGCCCAGUAGCUGUGAUAAGUGGUGAGGAAGACUCUGCCAGCCCCCUCCAUCAUGUCAACCAUGGGAUUAUUACACCGUGUACUCUGGAUGCGGGUCCUGACGCGGUUGUCAUAGGGAUGACUCGUAUUCCUGUGGUGGAGAAUCCUCAGUACUUCAGGCACGGACACAACUGCAACAAGCCGACCACCCUUGUCCAGCACAUAAAGCGGAGAGACAUCAUCCUGAAGAGGGAGCUGGGUGAGGGAGCGUUCGGUAAAGUCUUCUUGGCGGAGUGUUACAACCUCAGCCCCACCAAGGACAAGAUGCUGGUGGCUGUCAAGACCCUGAAAGAUCCCAACCUGUCUGCGAGGAAGGACUUCCAGAGGGAGGCGGAGCUGUUGACCAACCUGCAGCACGACCACAUUGUUAAAUUCUACGGAGUGUGUGUAGACGGAGACCCGCUCAUCAUGGUGUUCGAGUACAUGAAGCACGGAGACCUAAACAAAUUCCUCAGAGCCCACGGACCAGACGCCAUGAUCCUUGUAGAUGGCCAGCCGCUGCAGUCCAAUGGAGAGCUGGGCCUGUCCCAGAUGCUACACAUCGCCACCCAGAUUGCCUCAGGCAUGGUUUACCUGGCUUCCCAGCACUUUGUGCACAGAGAUCUGGCAACCCGCAAUUGCCUGGUGGGCAAUGGCCUGCUGGUCAAGAUCGGAGACUUUGGCAUGUCCAGGGACAUCUACAGCAGUGACUACUACAGGGUUGGAGGACAUACCAUGCUACCUAUUCGCUGGAUGCCCCCAGAGAGCAUCAUGUACAGGAAGUUCUCCACGGAAAGCGACGUCUGGAGCUUUGGAGUCAUCCUGUGGGAGAUCUUCACCUACGGGAAGCAGCCAUGGUUUCAGCUGGGCAACAACGAGGUUAUUGAGUGCAUAACCCAGGGUCGAGUUCUGGAGAGGCCAAGGAUUUGUCCUAAGGAGGUGUAUGACAUCAUGCUGGGCUGCUGGCAGAGGGAACCGCAGCAGCGACUGAACAUUAAGGACAUUCAGAAGGUCCUGUUCGCCAUGGGAAAAGCCACGCCGGUCUACCUGGACAUCCUGGGCUAGCAGCGGCCUGGGGUGGCCCGUUCCCUCACCAGACGGACAGACCGACAGAGACAUACAGACAGAACGACCCACACGAAUCCAGGAAUAACCAAACCAACCUGCUCCACUGUCAAAAAAAACAACAACAAAAAAAACACCUGCAUUGUUUGGGAAGGACUUAAGUGCCUGCAACACUUUUGGAUAUAGUGGAUAAAACGUAUUCAAAAAAACAACAAAAAAACAAACAAACAAAAAAAAAAAAAACACGCACUUUUACAUUUUGUUUACUUGCGUAUAAGAUGUACAGGUUUGAAGAAGACUUUUUUUUUUCCUCGAAAAACUGCAAAAAUACACAAAAAUGGAGAGAGAAAGGGAAGCGGACUGGCAAUAGGAAAAAGUUUGAUUAUAUUACGGAGACACAUCAGAAUACAAAUCUAUCCUGGGUUUGGUUUUAUGAAUAUAUAUAGAAAUAUUACAUAUAUUUUAUAUUUAUUUCUUUUCGUCAGGGUGUUGGAGGGUCUGCCAUGUGUGUUGCUAAGGGCUCGGCCCUGUCCGAAAACGCCACCGACAAACUAUUGGCAGGGACUUGAUGGAAGCCUUACUUGCACUCUGAUUGGCCGGCACUGAGCAUUUAAUGGGAACUUUACGGAUUUUAACACUGGAUGGUUGGAAAAAAGCAGCCCUCUGUAGAGGACCUAACCAAUCAGACAAACGACAAAUCUAUUUUAAUUUAAAGAUAUGUACAUAUUGUAAAAUUCUAUGUGUCAGAAUUAUGUUAACUUAUUUUUUCGGAUGUUACUUUGGUUCCUUUUCUGACUGUGAUCUGGGUGGCUAAAGUAUAAAGCUAUUUGUUUUCAUCCUAAUCCAGAGGAGAAUUACCUGUGUCAGUGCUGGUUAAGUUGUCUAUUGUGGUGAAGGUGAAUGGCAGUGAGUACAGUCCGACAAGCCCACUGGCACAGAAUCACAGAGACUUUGGAGAACGUGGGAUGACUCAGAGCCAUGGUUCGACACUUUCCGAAAGAGGUGAUGAUGAAACCUUGCAUCCACUUUCCAGUUAAUUUGCUUUUUACGGCGAGAACAACGCAUCGAUUGGUGAUAUCUCACUCCGCACCCUUCGAACACGCUUUGUCACACCGGAGCUUUUCGUCGUGAACCUGCUGAAGGAAAAACACAUUCUUUGUAGCUCAAGUUAUACUCAUCAUUUGUUAGUUGGAGGUGGGCGGCCGCACGCACGCACGCACGCAACCGUAUCAAAACACCACGGUCGGAGCUUUUGGAAAAUAUGAUUAUUUGCUUUCACUUCGAGAGUUUUUACGUCAUUUGUGAGAAUGUGUAGCUACAUCCAAGAGAAUGUAAAUUUAACUUGAAAACAGGCUGCCUCACUCUAAACCUCAAACGUAGUUGGGAGUUUUAAAUGACGCUAGAGCCUAGCGCUACACAGUAAAUGGUGUGUUUUUAGAUUUAAAUACAUUCAGGUGAGGUAAAAAUUAUUUUAAAAUGAUUAUACUAUCUUUUAUUCAAUGUUUCUCUUCAUUAGCAAAUAAAAAAAGAAGGAUGGAUGAUACGUUUUAACACGUUCGAUUCAUCUUCUGUCAAAAAAAGUCAUUUUGAAUCAGUUCCUUGUUUCGGCAGCUGUGUUCAACAUUUGUUUUUAUGUUUUUUUUUUUUGUGCACACAAUACUAAAUGAACUCUUGAGAAGUCGAGAACGUUGCUCACUAAAGGGAAUCCGCUCAGCUUUGGUGUUUUUCCCGUCACUGUAGCUUGUUGCCGUCUCACCGCUGUUGUCUCGCACACCACGAGAAACUGCAUUAACAGGAAUGAGAGUCUAGUGUAAAAAGAGCAGACCUGGGCGUGACGUGCUAGCUGGCCUCGGUUGCCAGUGCCCUUCUUGAUUAUUCGCUCCAAAGUGUGCAGUCGAAGUGUAUUCUGUACAAAGUGUGCAAACGAUGGGGCCGCUCGCUAGCUUACCUCAUAUAACAUCUUAUUUAGUUAUCUCUGGGGGUGCUUGGAGGCUGAUUUCAUUACCGGAACAAACCUAGUGCUCCGCCUGUUCCCACACUUUGUGUCUAGCUAGUCGUAUAUCAAUAUUAAUAUUGACAUAUUAAUAAAAAGCGUCGUAUCUAGCCUCUCAUCUAGCUCUCAGCUGGAAAGCAAAAUAACAUAUUUCCCAAAAUGCGGCACCAUUAUUUUAAAACAUUCUAGGUUAUUACCAUCAGGAUCCUGUCACUUCACACGCUGUGAAAAGAAACACUCCGAAAAUAAAAACAAAUCUUUUUUUUUUUUUUUUUGAUCCACCCUGAUUUCUUUUCCAUCAGCUGCACUGUACACGAGUGAUGAGGUUUUUACGCCUACCUGCUGCUUCUCCUACCAUCGGCAGGCACAUACAGUACCCGCGUUAAUUUAUGGGCCUCAAUGAUAACAAUCACUGAAGUGGAUCAGCUAAUUGCAUGAUAUCAUUUCAUAUUUCAUCAUAUGCAUAUAUUUUUUGGGGGAUAAUUACUGUUCUGAAAUGAACGGGAACACAUGGAGAAGUUCCAUAACGUGAACCCUCAAAAGCCGCAAAAACCAAAUGAUAUUACUUUAAAAGAAUGGCUCGUAAUUAAGCGCGCCGCUGACAAAACGAGAUCAUUUUUGACUUCCGAAGAUUCCUCCGACACUGAAUGACGAACCUCAGACGAAGGUCUUAUUUCAUGUUGUAUCUGGAUAUGGAGCGUUUUGGAGUGGAACUCUUCACAUCUCCUUAUUAUCUUGACAUGAAUUCUCACAGUAUCACAGUGUUGUCUCUGUUCCCCCUUGGGACUGUGUAAAUCAUUAAUGAGCAUUCAGUUAUUUCAAGUAUUUUAUAUGAACGGCGGGAUCAAGUCCAUUGAGUUACCCAAAGCAUUGAGUUUGUGUGUAUUCUCUUGUGGUAAAGAUAACUGCUUAAAGACAUUACGACCGACCGUGAGCAUUUGCAGGGUAUUGUAAUCCUUUCAUGGUGAGUUGAAUAUUGUUUAAAAAGUUUUCCUUUUUUUUUUUUUUUUUUGUUUUUUCCUUUUUCUUGGAUGAACUAACUGAAUACUUUUUGAAGCAAAGUUGGCAUAUUACCAUGUACACAUGUUACAGAAUAUAAAAGUGUGGUAUAACAACUGCAGUAUAUAAAAUACUGGUAUUCCAUGAUAGAUCUUUGUAUUAAUGUGACUCUCUUAAGAAAAUGUCUUCAAACAAUCAGAUGAUCUCUUUUUCCAUUUUGUCCUGUCUUAUAAAGAUGUGUGAAUUUGACAAAA